CAAGGUUGUACUUGGUGAUCGACCAUCUCCGGUGUGAGCUUUAUCUCUUUGCCAAAACCCACAAUUUCACUCACAUAGUGUUUUAAAAUCUUUUUGGUAGGUUACACACAUGAGAUGUAUGGGCAAGGCGUCUCUUUUAGAUUUGUUCUUUUUUCCUUCAAAAUAGCAGAAUAUCGUGCCCUAGCCCCAAAAUCUCAAAAUACAUUUUCCUUCAACCACCGCGAGCUUCCUACACCGCCGUCGCCGAUUGUUUCGCCUCCAUUUCAGAUUUCACGAAGACAAAAAUAACGGAAGUAGCCAAAGAUGUACAGAGCAAAGCGUCUCUACCAAAUCGCUCAGCAGCGGCUGAGUCACUCCUCGGCCACAUCGAGAGUCGGUUAUGAACGUAAAAGGAGGAAGUGGAUGCCGCAGGAGCUCACAGGAGGUGUAUUGGAGCUCACGUGCAAGUCAUCUGCGCCUAGCGGCGUCUGCAAUGUCUAUUUGGUUGGAACUAAUCACCAUUGUCUGGUAUCUGGGAGAUUAGCUCAGGCUGCGGUGAAAUUCUUCAAGCCAGAGGUUGUUUUCUUGGAGUUGUGCGACUAUCGCAAACCUAUUUUAAUGGGUCAAAAUGCAAAGGUAUUUUGUAUUUGGAGUCUGUUUGUGAAGAGUUACUCAGCGGCUGAGUCACUACUGGAUUGAGACCAAGACUCAAGAUGAAUCAUGGAAUGGUAUAUCCGGUGGAGAGUUUUACUUGGCAAAUGCGGAAGCAAUGAAAUAUGGAGCCAAGGUUAUACUUGGUGAUCGACCAUAUCCGGUUACAGCGAUGAGAUACAUGGGCAAGGCGUCUCUCGUGGAUUUGUUGAUUCCACAAGAGAUAUGUUUGCCAAAAGAUUGCUUCGACAAGCUUCAUGGAAAGAUGCAUGCUGGCGCAAUGGAUCGAAUGAGCGAGGAGUAUGCUAAGCAGGAUCCUAUCAUGGCGCAGACUUUCGUGGAUGAGCGCAAUCAAUAUAUGUCAACAAAGCUACGAGAAGUUGCAACACAGCAUGAAUCUGUGGUUGCUGUCGUUGGAAUGGGCCACGUACCGGGAAUAAAAAAAUACUGGAAUCAGAAACACCCUAUAGACGUUGAUCAACUUCUUAGCGUUCCAAAACAACCAAUGACCGUGUGGGAUCUACUUGCUUUUAUUCUCGCAAUAUUAGUCAUCAUCUUGAGGCUCGUACGCUUUAACGUCGACAGGCGCAGGAACAGGCGUAGUCGAGCAGCUCCUUAAUUUGCAUCAUCAGAAAAUAAAGUCAAAUAUAAGGAGAUGGAACGGAGGGAGUAUCAAAUAUAAGGAGAUAGUGAAUGUUUCAGGUUGAGCGACUUCUUGACGUUCCAAAACAACUAAUAACCGUGGGCAGUGUUCUUACUUCUAUUAUAGCAAUAUUAGUCGUAAUCUUGAGGGUCAUUUGCAUAAACAAUAAAAGGUACAUUGUGUUUUGUAAUGAAGGGGACUACUCUCUUCACAUUCUGAUGUAGAAAAAAAAUAUGUUGUCAAGAAUUCUUUACUCUGGAUUGUGAAACGAUUUUACCAAGUUAUCAUCUUUUUCCUUUUAAAAAGCAAACAAAACACACGAAUCUUUGUAAUAAUAUUUUAUUUCAUUGGGUUCU